AUGGCCUUGGUUCCUUUCCGGGCUCCUGACUUGUCCUGCGAAAGACCGCCUCCCCGCAAGCCAUCUCAGGUAGGAGCCCAGUUUAAAAGCCAAGCCAGAAAUGUAGAAAGCCCUGGAGGAAGAACGGAGCUGGGUGGAGAGGCUAUGUCAGAGCAGCAAAGGGGCGAAUGCUUGGACAGGCAGCACGCAUCCCAGGAGCGCACGCCAUGUGCACCAGAGGACAGCUCCCGGCCUCAGACGCAGGCGGCCGUGGGCAGCCAGUCCCCCAACCCCAGCGUCCGGGCUGGGAGCUUGAUUCUCCGCCGGGGACAGCUGUCCAGUCUCAACAGGAGCUUCAGCAGGGCCAGCAGGCGUUCGCAUCACUGGGCAGUGGCGACGGGCACAGAGGCGGCUCGGCUUCCUGCAGCUGGAGGCAGCACGAGGAGGAAAGGACUGAAGGAGAUCCUCCUGCAGAGCAGCGAGGCCAAACCCGUGUGGCUGGCGGCUUUGUCGAAGGGAGAUGCCAGUGGCCUCUCUGAUGGGCCGCGAGGCCCCGACCCUCUUCCGGAAGCCAACUUGGAGGACUUGUCGCUAGUUCUGGACCCUCUGGAGCAUGAGUGGAUGCUGACCGUGGCCCAAGGAGAUGCUGGGAGCAUCCUACGGCUGCUGGACCAGGACCCCAGCCUACUCUCCAGGACAGACUUUGUGACCGGCUUCACUGUCCUCCACUGGUUGGCCAAACACGGUCAACAUGAGGACUUGAUAGAAGUCAUCACUUUCGCCGAGAAGCAGUGCUACCCGGUCGACGUCGAUGUCUUCACUGCUAGUGGCAGGCUAACUCCUCUGCACCUGGCUGCUCUUCAGGGACACGAGAUGGUCAUCAAGGUAUUGGUGGGCGCCUACGGGGCCAACACGGGCCUUCGGGACCACAACGGGCGCAAAGCGUGGCAGUACCUCCCGGCAGAUGCCCCGAGGGAGCUGAAGGAGCUUUUGGGGGCCGGCGAGGAAGACUUGGCCCUGCUGGGAGCACGCAACACCAACAACAACUGUGGGUCGUCCAGACGCAGUGGGAGCGACAGGCUCAAAGGAGACCACAAGGACGUCCAAGGGGAAGAGAACAGCCGCAGGCCCGUUACCAGGCUGACCUCUUUAAGGAACUUGUUCAGACAAGCAGUUGCGUUCUUCCAAGAAUUGUAG